AUGAAGGUGACCAGCAUCCACAAUGCCUUGGCACUUAUGGCAUCCUUUUCUUUUAUGGGAGUUCAGGCAUACAAAAAAAAUUACGUCUAUAUGUGUGAAGACUUUCUUGAGAACUACAACUUUGGGUGUAAUGACGACUUUUAUGGGUGUUUUUGUAACGAACCUAAUUUCAUCACUUCAUUUUAUCGGUGUCUUUUAGACUAUGGACUUACUGAAGACUCUAUUAAAUCAGAAGCCGAAACUCUGGCUUUUAACUGUAAUGAAUACGGCAUGCAAAACGUUACAGUGCAAGAUUUUUUGGACGCAUAUGAAGAACAUAAAGAUGAACUUACUCCAAUUGAUGAUUUCGGAAGUGAUCUCACCAAAAAUGUAACCUUUCCACUUAUUCUUUCUCAAGAAAACCUAACUUUAGCUUAUGACAGUGUAAAUUCCUUUUAUUGGCAAUUGGCGACUGGAGAAAAUUACGGUGGCAUUAUUCUAUCAUACUGGUGUGGAGUUUUUGUAAUUGCCAUCAUCAUUAACCUGAUUUCAAAAGCCGCACCCAGAUUUUUCCUCACUAUGAACAGUUCUGCUGUUGUUAAGUUUCGUCGCACUUUUGUGACACCGGCAACUUUCGGUUAUAAACAUUCUAUUCCGAUUGGCUGCCUUCACAACUUUAUUGCAAUGGCCACACCCACUCGUGCUCAGUCUAUAGUUGUUUCUGGAUACUUAAUCAUGUGUAUCAUUCUUGGCAUGAUCAAGUUCAAUCCCUUUGAGCCCAAUAUGUGGUUCCCGGACAAACAUGAACAGCUUAUCCGAUACAUUGCGGAUCGAACUGGUCUCAUCUCCCUAACCCAAAUCCCACCCAUCUUUUUGUUUGCGGGCCGAAAUAAUCUUCUUCAAUGGCUUACUGGGUGGUCUUUUGAUACAUUUAAUAUAUACCACAGAUGGGUUGCCAGAGCUAUGGUGUUCUUUGCCUUCAUUCACUCUGUCACUUAUACAUGGUUGGUCCGAAGCUAUAUUGCUGCUGAGUUUGCAGAAACUUACUGGAGAUGGGGUGUUGUUGCUACUGUGACAUCAUGUAUCAUGUUGGGACAAAGUAUCUACUUUUUCCGAUCUAAGAUUUACGAAUUUUUCCUUGCAUUUCACAUUGCUCUUGCUGUUUUCUUUGUCAUUGGUAUGUGGUACCAUCUUACCAUUCUUGGUUGGAUGAACUGGAUGUAUGCUACUAUUGCUAUUUGGGGUUUUGACAGAGCCGCCCGAUUGUGUAGACUUGUGUGGUCGGGACUCGGUACUACUCAAACUAAACUUUACCCUAAUGAUCUUUUCCAUAUGACCAUUGAUUACCCAAGAAGAUGGAAGGCCUAUCCUGGAUCAUAUGUUUAUAUUCAUAUCAUGCGUUCUUGGGGCUUCUGGGAAUCUCAUCCUUUUACUGUUUAUCAGUCUGCCCUUCCAGAGAAUGAAGGCAAGCUCAUGAUUAGCGGUACUGUCAAAAAAGGAAUGACAAAGAAAAUUGCUAGUGAUUUAUCUAAGGCUGAUGGAAACAAGUCUUUGAAAGUUUUGAUCGACGGUCCAUAUGGUGCUUGUCACGAUGUUGCACGUUACGACACUGUAGUUUUUGUUUGUGGAGGUAUUGGUAUUACCAGUGGUAUUGGUUAUGCUAUUGAUAUUAUUAAAAACAAAUAUCAUGACCAGCGCCUUAUUUUUCUUUGGGUGACUCGUCAUCAAUCCUCUUUGGACUGCUUUGAAAAUGAACUAAAGUUCUUGUCACAAAGUGAUAAGUGUGAUGUUGAAAUCUAUCUUACCGCACCUGAUUCAGAUUCUCAUCUUGAAAGCAGCAGUGAUGCUGAAAAGAAGAUUAGUGAUACUGGAAGUAAUAGCUCUGGUGGCAGAUACAGUGUUAUUUCGGGACAUCGUCCCGAUGUGGCUUCUUUGAUUCCUACUUAUAUUGAACAAUCCAUUGGAACUACAGCUAUUAUGGUUUGUGGCCCACCCACUCUCAAUGAUACUGCUCGUCGUGUUGUCACUGAUAAUCUUGGUUCUGGCAAAGGACGUGUAGAUUAUUACGAAGAAGCCUUUUCCUGGUAA